CAUGGAAAAGGUACGCAAGACUUUCUUCGACCCUUUGGCUACGUCAAAGGGUCGGAUAGCGGGACUACUACAAAAUCUGCCUGUUGGCUCUGCACAUCCUUUCAGCCCCGAGGGCAUAUUAUUAUGUCGAACGAAGAAUGGCAUCGAAGAGAUUGAUAUCUCGAAUUACAGUCAAGACUACUUUUUCAACUCCGUUGACUUGGGAGAGAUGGGGGAGAUUUUACUGAGACGGAUGAAGGGGUUUAGGGAACAUCUUGCCGUGUUUGAUGACUUUCAGAUCAUGCAAGCUCCAGCGGCUACCUUCAAGAUUCCCACAGUAUCAGGACAAAUCACCAUCCUAGCAGUAUCAGAACGCACUCCCACGUACUACGAUUUCUGCUUCGCAGAUCAAGACUGCAACACUUGCUGCUGGACAGAACGAACGACCUUUUCUGGAAUCAAGCACAGCGGCGAUCUUCUCAACCAGCAGGAUCUUCUGGACUAUGUGAGGAUAGACAAUGAUACGCUGACAGAAAAGCCUAUCUGUGUUUUUAUCUCCGGAUAUACAAAGACGCAGAUCACGAGGUUCUUAGGAUCGCACCCCGCACUGAUGGUUGCGGAUCACGUUGACAAGAUAUUGUACAUCAUUCCUGUUCCUUUGGACAAGGCGACUAUUGGAGAUGCUACCAUUUGCUGCCCUUUGGUCAUCAAGCGUGACGAGGAUUCCAUCAUUUGCUCUAUUCUUCCCAAGGCGACAACGGAUAGGAACAUGAUGUGCGACAGCAAGAAGCUCAUCAGCCCUUGCUUCCCUGAAGCCAUCAACAGCGCGGACUUCAAUGUCUCUGAACCUCUGCCUGCUGUAACUGCGGAGGAGAAGAAGAUUGAGAAGAUGGAUGAAGUGGAAAGUGAAGUACAGGUUUCGGACAAAAGACGUGCGAUCUUGACCACCAACUCUUCAAAUCUUCCCUCUUUCCUGGCUGCUUCUGACGCACAAGUCAUUCGCUUCAGCACUGGUAUCGAUUUCAUAUCUUCAGAUGCAAACAAGACGGAACAGGACAAUUCAGCGGUUGUUCUUCCCUGCAUCUUCGGAUCUCAACUCCAAGGUCCUAUGCUCUUGUCCACCGGAAGUACACCUUCCAACGUUCCCUUCAAGGACGAGAAGGCACUUUGCGCUUACUACGACCAACUGGAGAGUAUAGUGGUGGUCGUCGAUGAGCGCAUGACUGAUAACGCGCGAAAUUUGGCCUCCGGUCUACGGAUGAAUACCUUGUUCAUCGUGCAGAUCAAGACCAAGGAGAAGCAUGAGACCGAAGAGGAAGUCUCAGCUGUGCUGAGUUCGGCGAAUAUCAAUGCUGUUACGGCACUUGCGGGACCUCAGUCUUUGAUAGUGGCUAACAUUGGAGAGAAGUUCUACUUCUAUCGUGGUUUGGCGAAUCACAAGAUCUUGGAUACGACCAAGUUAAACUUUGGAGAGGAUAUAACCGAGAUCAUCACGUCGAACAGUGUGGAAUCUUUGUUGGCGCCAAAGAUUCCUAGACUGGUCAAUCUCAGUGAUGCCAACACUAUUUAUCUGCCCUACUCAGCCCAAGUUGUUCGUCCCCGGGAUUUAUCCCAGAUCUUCGAGGGUCUCAGCAUCGCCGAGAUCAACACCAUGCACGACGACAUCACCGCCGCAGUUCCCCAACUCCAAGCCCUGCUCAGCCAAAAGGAUCUCCAACAACUCUCCAAGCAACUCGUCGACACGCUCUCCUCCAAGAUCGACAAGAAGAUGGCCCCUCUUCGCAGCGAGUACAUAGCCUUCGUCACCAGUAACCUCCGCACCGAUGAUCAAGCCAUUCUUAACAAGAAGAGCAAGAUGCUCGGUGACAUGCGAAAGGUAAACAAGGAGUUGCAGACUGCCCUUGAGCCUGUUAUCACUAGCCUUGCGAACAUGAUUUCUGUUCAGACGACGUCGAAGAGAACGCAUGAUAUGAAGAGACUUGUGAGACAGGCGCAGAUCCAGAAUAAUGUUGAGGCAACCAAGUCGAUGACGUUUGAGAGUCUGACGGGAUUGUUGGAGAAGCAUGCUGAGGAGAUGGGAGUUAUGUUGUUGAAUAUUGAGACGGUGCCUUAUAAGCAGAUGCUGGCGAAGCUGAAGGGCACUACCAUUGAUGCCAAGCCCUGCUGUGCUCUUGAUGAUCGAAUUCUUCAUCUUGAUGGCUUCGACGCCGGUAUCAUCAUGGAACAAUCCCAAAGCCAACACGCCGGCCCUCUCGUCAGCCAAGCUGGUCCCAACCAUCCCAUCCUCGCCCUUCCCUACCUCAGCCAACAGCGCGGUAUCGGCUCAAUGCUAGCAUGGGUAUGCUGGGAUGAAUUCGUCAACCUCAAGAGUCCAUACACAAUUCGCUGGAUGGAGAAGUGCAACGAAUCACACAUCGCCGCGCUGAGAAUCAUGAUGAGAGAUACACUUAGCCAAGCUGUUGCUUCAAGGGAGUAUAACUUUGAAGCGGGCAGUCCUGAGAUUGGCCAUCUGAUGAGUUCCUUGCUCAUGGCGGCUAUGUCGAAGCUUGCUGCGAUGAGAACGAGUGCUCCUGUGGUGUUGGAUAAGGCUGAGGAUACGGUUACGAGGUUGAUGAGAGGACUUUUCGGUAAUCUCAUGACGAUCGCUGGAUCGGGGGUUAGGCCUUUGAGUAUGGUUUGGCAGCUCUUUGGGCUGAAUCCCCAGUACGAUGUUCCUGUCACAGACGCUGAUUGGGUUUGGUACGAGAAUGUGGUCGAGCUGUAUCCCUACACUGGCUGGCCUUUGAAGACGUUCAACGACAAUCUUCUCAAGCUUCUUGACAAGAUCAUCGUACGGGUCAUUACCAAGAACGAGAACGUUGCUGAGAUCAAGCAGAGCAAGGCCUAUAAUAUGGUGCACUUCUGCAAGCUUCGAAACAUCCAGCUCGAGCACUGCCGUACCAUUAUCACUGCCUUCGAACGAAUGCUCACCACGGAUGGUAUGGACGUCGCAGCUAUCGCGGGACGACUUCAAGACAACAUCCCCAGUGAGCUUGAGAAGCAGACUAAGGGCUACACUAGGAUGAUGCGAUAUCUCGGGCAUCUUGCCAGAGGCGGCGCAAGACGUCCUACAGACGAUCUUGUUUACGGCAACGUGUACACCAAGCGCUCAGCUGCGUUCAGGGAACUAAAGAUCACGGUCGCUUUAGCAUGCCAAGACAAGAAUUGGGAUGUCGCAAAGCAGAAUUGCCAGGCUGUUCUUGACUUGCAUAAGGAGAUUGCUGCCAGGUGGCAGAUUCAGCCUGAGCAGCUCAAGGUGCAGAACAUCCACUACUACCGCGAACUCAUCGAUGCAGACGUUUCAGACGAUGCUGAACAAGAGGUCAAGAACCGCACGAGGAAGAUCGUCGGACGAAUCAUGGAUGAUGCAGAGAAGAAGCGUAUUCCCUGGCAAGUUGGCAAUGAUGCAGCCAAGAAUAACGUCGAACCCCUCGACGAACAGUUCCUCGAGCAAGUCCUCACCGGAAUACGCCCUGAAACUGAGACCAAGGCUGUAGUCGAAGUUGCCAAGGAAGAACCUGUUGAUGAAGGGUUUGCAGCGUACAAGAGUUCUUUGGCGCCCAAGUUUGUUUCUACGAUGGAGAAGGCUCUUUCGGCAGAGGAUGUCUGCGCGAUAACUAAGAUUCCUGAGUCUUCGAUGAGGGUGUUCAUUAAGGCGCUUAACCCUGAGUUUGAGUGGGAUGAUUUGGCGCAGCAGUUCAAGGUUGUGAUAUUGAGUUUGUUGCGGGAACGUUCGGGGAGAAUUGAAAGCAGACCUGCUGCCAGGAUGUUGAGAUUACGAUGAGCUUCACGGGCAAUGGAUAGGUAAUGAUGGGGUUGAGACUUGAUCUCGU